AUGGCCACAACCCCCGCUUGUUUCCCAUCCUUCCGCCUAUGGGCACGUUUCCAGCCCGCGAUACGGCUUCUGCUUGCGGUUCUAGAUCCCGGGUCACCGAUGGGGCAGACGCCGGCCCCACGGCCCCCCCCUCUCUCUCUGUCUCUCGAGAUGCAGGCUGCAGGGUGGGCGCCUCUUGCUUCAACGUCGAACCCCACCCAUUGCCCCGAGGACCCCAUCCACAAUCUCAAGCCGUCCACAACCCGUACGGACACAUGGUGGGCGAGGGCCAAGUUCGUGCCUGACAACCUGCCAAACCUGACCAACCUGGACACCGCCUGGCCAAUGAUUUGCACAUGGGCUCCGUCGACAUGGCCCCUGGCCCUCGUCCGUGAUGGACGGAAAUGGGACCGCAGUGGCUCUAGCAUCAAUAUGGGAUCAUGA